ACCCUGUUCUUUGCUCUCGCUCGCUCUUGUUUGAGCUUUUACGGGUUUGUUCUAUACGGUAUACGUGCGGUGUGUGAACACUGUCCAGGCGGAGGCGCGGAAGAGCGUAUGGUGUCUGAAUCAUCAACUUAACAUCAGUCCAGUCAUAGUAGUCAGCCAGUUGAUGUCGUUGUCGCGUUGUGGAUGUACAAACUCUCGAGAGUCGCGCGUACGAAGUAGGUACUCGGACGAAAGUUCAUAAUAGUUCACUUCAACAAUUAGCGAGUAGGUGUAGCUUAAUUACCAAUGUGAGAUAUCCACAGAGUGGCGUGGAGUGAUUUUUCGUGGUGGACAGUAUAGUGACCGGGAAAGUUCAAGCAGCGACCGAAGUAAAACGGUUCCAAUUGACUGGAGCCAUUAAGAGAGGACCAUUCUCUUUUCUUCACGCUUAUAUCAUAGUGCAGUGAAAAGGCAGCAUAAAAACAAGAAGAGUGUUAAAGCAAGAUAAAACAAUUGUGUGUCCAAAUGUUUAUGAUUUUAUGCACAUGAGAAACCAUUUUGUGCAACAAAGUACGACGGUGCACCGUGCGCUCAAGUGUUGGUUCCCCUUUGGAGCUCGCCGUGGUUUAGCCAGCAGCGAAGGAAGGUGGUUGUACUAGUGGUCCCAGCGCGAGAAGAUUUUAAUAUAAAAAUAAGAGUGUAGCAGCGGAGAAGGAAAACCGAAAUAAAAAAAAAUAGCCGACGGACGACCUAAAGCGCAAACGACGACGAGAGGGCCGCAGUCGCAGAGCACUUUCCAUUCUCACAUGCCACUACUGGACAGCGGUUUGCAGUAAAGAAAAAGUUGAUGUUGACUAAUCUCGUAUUAGAUACCUUAGCAUGUCAGAACGCCGUGGUACGAAGGCUCUAGAACUAUGGUGUCGCCGCGUCACCGAGGGCUAUAAGGAUGUUCGGGUCACAAACAUGAGCACCUCCUGGCGCGACGGCCUCGCUUUCUGUGCAAUUAUUCACAACUUCCGUCCGGACUUGAUAGAUUUUACGGCCCUGAAAAAAGAAGACAUAUACUACAACAAUGAACUAGCAUUCAGCAUCGCCGAAAAGCAUCUCGGCAUCCCGUCACUGCUGGACCCCGCUGAUAUGCUAAAGUACGAAGUGCCUGACCGAUUCUCAAUACUAACCUACCUGUCGCAAUAUUACCGAGUAUUCAGUAAUCAAGAGCCAACCAGCAAAAAAGUAACCGAAAAGGAACCCAAAUCGACGGACGGUUUGGACGGCAAGAUGGCCAACACAACCGCUUUCGUGGGAGUCCCCAAACGUGAGCCCUGUCGCAAAUGCGGUAAUCCGGUGUUCUUCGCCGAACGUAUCAGCUUCGAGCAGAAGCUGUACCACCGGUCCUGUCUAAAAUGUGCCCGUUGUGGAGCUCAACUAACGCUAGGCAGCUUCUACGAAACGGAGACGGACGGCGAAUACUGCUGCGAAACGUGCCCGGAUGAGGAGAUCCAGAUCGCCGAACGACGUCGCUCGAUGUCGUCCGAGGUGGCGGCAACGGAAGCGGCUGUAAAUGGGAGCCGGGAAAAUGUUCGUACCAGCCGAAGCAGCAAACUGCUGGAGAGGAUCUCGUUUUUCGAAUCGGCACCGCUUAGCGAUGAGGAGAAAACGUCCAACAUGGUUCGACGGGCCAAGAUGAGUAGCUUUCUGAAGGAUUCGCUGGAGAAGUCGGAUAAGUUGGAGAGCGAUAAGGAAGUAGACAAGAUCGAACCAACUCCUCUCGAAGAAUCUUCGGAAAGUGAAGAAGAGGAUGAGAUUCCUCCGAGUCUGCCAGCUACUGAACCGCCUCCCAGCCCUCCAUCAGUGGAAACUCCUCCCAUAGCAUCUGAUCAAAUUACUGAACUUGUUAAUGAAUCUACUAUUGAAAACGUACCGAAUAUUGUUCAAAGCACAGUUGGUUUGGAAGAUAAAUUAAAUGGAAAUGAAGAAUCAGAUAGUACCACUAUUGUGUGUGAUAGCCAUGAAUCUCCGGAAUCUCCUGAAAAAAGUCAUGAACCACCCGAAUCUUCUAAAGAACUCAACAACGCUCUUGCUAUUGAACCUGUUACGCUGAACGAUGAUUCAGUUUGUAAAUUGAAUGGAGAAGACACCACGCCCAGCGAAGCGGAAAAGAUUGUCGUUGACGCCGAACUUUCAACAAAAGAUAGUCAAAGUGAUGCGGAAGAUGUGGAACCUGAGAAGGAAGCUGUAAAGGAGGAUCAGCCAAUGCAAGUGCCUGAAGUAAAUGUGAUCAGUGAAGAACAGAUUGAUACUACUGUUAGCAACCCAGAAGAAGUGCCUGAGAAUGAAGCCAUUGUCAUAAGUGAUAACACAACUACAGAACAAACGAAUGCUGAAGUUACGCCACAGUCUGCGGAAAAACAUGAAGAAGAGUCUAUAGCGCAGGAACAGUACCCUUCGGAUUUGAAUCCAUUCGGAGAUGAUUCCGAUGAGGACAAAGUGCGGGCUCCGUCCAAACCUGUUCCUCCGGCACGAAAAGUCAGCACAAAUCCCUUCGGCAGCGAUGACGAAGAUGAAACGCAACCUGUUAGUAUGAAACCACCACGGCCUCCUCCGCCGAAAAUUAGACCUCUUGUUCCAGCUAACCCGUUCGACGAAGAUGGAGAUGAUGAGCCGGAGAACGAAAUCAUUCCAGUCAUUGUUAAACCUUCACCUCGUCGGACUCCGGUCCCAACCCCUCGAAAACAGCACAACCACACAGAUUCCAUCAGUUCUAUGGAAACCUCGCUGAUGUCGAGCCAGUUCGGAGGUUCGAAUGCUUCACUUGCUUCAUCGUUGGAUAGCGCAUCUGCCUCCAUGACGAUCACUCGCCGUAAAAAGUCCAAAGCACCAGAUGCUCCAGUCGUCUUAACAAAAACAUCUACCGAAAACCUAUCUCCCAGUCAAUCUACAACGCCGCGCAAGAAACGCCUUGCUCCAGCACCUCCUUCAUCCACCCCUAAAUCAAGCGAACCCCCAUCGCUAUCUCCUAAUCCUACGCAGCGACUUAUAGCUCUCGACGCUAGCCUGAUGGGAACCGACUUUGAUCUCAACGAGCCGGUAACCCGAGCCCCCAGCAAUGACUCCGUUAUCUACCGCAGAACCAUCGUCCCCUUGAAGGUCGACGACGAUAGUCUCACUCUGGAAACCACCACCAGCGAGCGACAAUGGGAGAAGAUGAAAGACAACAAGGAAGCUCAAAACCGUAACCGGCAAUCGCAGACCUCGCCUACCAGCUCGCAGAACGAUUCCUACAACGCCUUGAUCUCCAACAAAUCCCAACAGGGAAAAUGGAAGCGCCGCAAAGGGCCGGCUCCGGCCCUACCGGUGCCACUACCCGAGCGAAAAACGAUCAAAAUGCUGCCGCUGAAGGAGAUUCGCCAGGAGUUGGACAUUAUCGAAACGCAGCAGCAAGGGCUGGAGAAGCAGGGUGUAAUACUGGAGCAGAUGAUUCGCGAACGGUGCGAAGGCGUCGAUCCCGAGAUGGACAUCACGGGGAUUCAGACCAACUCCAAGGAGGUGGAAGAUCUGAUCAUGCAGUUGUUCGAGCUGGUCAACGAGAAGAACGAGCUUUUCCGGAGGCAAGCCGAGCUGAUGUAUUUGCGUCGCCAGCAUCGGUUGGAGCAGGAGCAAGCCGAUUUGGAAUAUGAGAUUCGCCUGUUGAUGGCCCAACCCGAACGGAACAAAACCGAUUCCGAUAAGGAGAAGGAAGAAGCACUCAUUGCUCGGCUGGUUGAGAUUGUCCAGAUGCGAAAUGAUGUGGUGGACUGUCUAGAGAUGGAUCGGUUGCGAGAAGCAGAGGAAGAUAUGAGCAUCAAACAAAGCAUCGAAGAGAGGGCAGCCAGUCAGCAGAAGCACGGUAAAAAGGAUUCCGACACGGAGAAAUCUGCUACUAGUGGCGAUUCCUCAACAAAGCUAUCAAAGAAAGAAAAGAAAAAGCUUAAAGAGGCGAAAAAGCUGGUGAAAUCGAAGAAAAUCGAUUCAGAAAAGGAUGCUGACGAGACCGAAAGCAGCACCAAAGAGAAGAAGAAGAAAAAGAAGUUCUUUUCUGACUUUCUGCAUCCCAAAUCAUCCAACUGCUAGAAUGACAUCCAUCCGGAGUGUAGUUUCUACGCCAUUCUAUGAUGACCGAAUUACACCCUCAGAAUGAAUCUAUAAGGCGAUAUAUUUUUCAAAAACAGUUAAAUAGCUUUUCCGUCCAGAAUUAUGAAUUCUGGCUAACCUAUAUGUCAAUCUGCGGAGCCUUGCUUUAACCAACCGAAACAAUCGUACAUUCCAGUUCAAUGUUGCUUAUUUCUUCAGUGUUAGUGUUGAAGAAGCUAGUAAAGAAGUAGUUAAUUAGCUGUUAAAUCAUGUCAUCAUUUUCCCCCGCUGUUUUACGUAUCAUUUUGAUUGAACCAAGUUUAAGUUUUUUUUUGUGUCUUGUGAUCGUUUAAUUUGUCAUUUCAGAACGCAUUUAUAUGUAUAAACGAUACACCGUGUAAAAAGACGUGUCCUAGUUCGGUUAAGUUUUGUUUACCUUUUUUAUCGUUUAUGAUAUGGAAGCCUCCCUUUUUGGUCCUGUGCGAUAUGUGAAUAUAGUAACAAUAAAUAGUACACACGUAGAAAGCUUACAUAAA